AUGGCUAGAUUUUUCAAAUACUUGGCUUUUUUCCUCGUCCUGAUCAGCCAGAUCGCCAAUAUCACCGUCGAAGCGGGAAAAAAGUACAAAAAAUCGAAAAAAGCGGAGCCCGAACCUGAACCAGAGCUAGAACAAGAGAUGGAGCAAGAAAUGGAGAUGGAGAAUGAGUUCGAGAAUGAGUUUGAAAACGAAUUCGAAGAGGGACAAGAGCAAGAGCCUCAAAUUGUUCCCGAUGCCGGAGUUCCAAUGGGCCAGGCGCAGAAUGAGUUGGUGUCGUUUGCACUUUUAGUGGCUGGCACAUGGAUUGCUAUUUCAGUCACCCGGCGGGUUACACGAUCAAUUUCUAGCGUCGCUAAUUUGGAGGUUUUGGGUCUUAUCGCUGCUAUUGCCAUGUCCUACUACUGUUACAAUGGAAACCAGGCGCUUUUCGGCACCAUGAACACGAGUUUUGGAAAGCUCUGGACCUCCGCCACCGCCGCCGAAUUCGGAGCAAACGCAGGAGAACUCGUCAAAAAUCUGGCUCAACUUCUUCUUCUCGUCUUCAAGGACGGCUUUGCCUACGCUUCUAGUGCCUUCAACUCUGCCAACCUGUCCCUGUCCGGUCCAGCAAAUCCUGCUCAAUGA